AUGGCGCCGACAGCCACAGGCAGCACUCCCGCCACGGGCACAUCCGCCACCACGGCUGCCACUGGCACCGCCCCUGCGGCUGCCUCGUCGUCCACCGCUACCCAGCCAGGCAGUCUUGAGGAAGCAACGCAACGCUACCAAGCCACCAAGCUCGCGCUCCGCACGGGCCUGGCCAACAAACGCAUCAUCGACCGUGCGCUCGUUGACCUCGAAUCGCAGAUCUACCUCUUCGAAGGCUCGUACCUCCAGUCCACCGCCUCGUCGGGUGGAAACAUUGUCAAAGGCUUCGACUCGUACCUGAAAAACUCGUCCACGUCCACCGGCAGCGCCAGGGGCAGCACCAGCAAUACCGCUGCGCUGAGCGAGAUCCCGAUCGAAGACCGAAUCUUCUCGCUCUCCUCCGCGACGUAUCAGAAGAGUCUCGAGCUGAAAGCCAACGAGGGGCUGGCAGAUCAGGAGGAGCGCGAGUCGAGUGCCUCCCACACGCCCAAAGCGAGCAAAACGGGCGAUGCGGACUCCACACCCAUGGGCAGCAAGAAGAAGAAGGACAAGGACGCUCCAACUGCAUCCGCCACCCCAGCGGGCAAAGACCUGCCUAAAAAGAAAAAGGACAAAGACACAGACGCUCCCCUAAAACACAAGGACAAAGAACGCAGCUCCACGCCCAACCUCAAAGGCUCCGGUGGCGGCAAGAACUCCGAGGCCGCAAGUGCAGCUGCCACCCCCACCAAGGGUGUCGGCGGUGGUGGUAGUGGUGGGGGGAAAGCGGGUGCCGGAGGUACAGCGACAAAGCUGAAACGCAAGCUCACCGAGGGAGGGAGUGGCAGUGGAGCGGGCACGCCCAGUGGCAAGGCGCACAAGAGGAAGAAGGAGGAUGAUUAA